AUGGUUUCCGAAGCCCAGCAAAUAUUAGAUAAAGCCGCUCAGAAAAAAAUAAUUCACAAAAACAAAGCAGCACGGAAGAAAAGUCAAUUACAACGUAAUCUAAAUAAAUUAAAGCAAGCAGAAGGAGCGCAAAAUUUCUUCACUGUUAUUCUAAGUUUGUUAUUUAUUACCUUUAACCACUGGGAUUGGUUUUCUCCGAAAAAAAAACCUCAAAUCGUUCCGUUCAUUAUCGGUAGUUUUCAAGCAUUCCAUGAAAAAGCAACCGGUGAUGGUUCCCUAGAAGGUUUUGCUCGGGUUUAUCAAGAAAUGAUUAAUAGUUCGGGUGCUAUAAAAAGUUUUAUGGAAGCGAUAAAUAAGGCUAAUUAUAGUCUAUUUCACUGA